GCCAUCAUAGCACCAGUCCAGAGCAGAGCAAUUGUCAGUGAACAGCAGCCCAGAGGGGACAAGAGGAGGCUUGUGGUAAACAAAGCAAGAGCGCCCAGCAACGUGGAUCUCCGCUUAUUCAAUCACUGGGACACAACUAGCUCCUCUGAGCCUAUCUUUAAGCUUAACCCUUGGUCAAGCAGCCCAGUAAGUCUGGAGAAAGAAAAAUUUCACCCUGUGACUCAAAAGAACUCCAAAGGGAAGAGAGGACUCUAGAAAAGAGGGAAAACAGAUCAGGAGCAGAUAUGGUGGGCUGCCAGCAAUGCACCAUGGAAGAGGACCCCAGGGAGAAUUACACUCCCAAAUUCUGGCGCAAGACCCUGACUGCACCUGCCCCAUUUGCAGAUGAAAGCAGCUGCCAGUGCCAAGCACCCCAUGAAAGACUGACCAUUGCUCAGGCCCGCUUAGGAACACCAGUUGACAGGCCUGUCAGAGUAUAUGCAGAUGGAAUAUUUGACCUCUUCCACUCAGGUCAUGCAAGGGCACUUAUGCAAGCAAAAACAUUGUUUCCAAACAGCUACUUGUUGGUAGGAGUUUGCAGUGAUGAUCUCACCCACAAAUUCAAAGGUUUCACUGUGAUGAACGAAGCAGAGAGAUAUGAAGCGCUCAGACACUGUCGUUAUGUGGAUGAAGUCAUCAGAGAUGCUCCGUGGACACUCACACCAGAGUUUCUGGAAAAACACAAGAUUGACUUUGUGGCCCAUGAUGACAUCCCCUACUCUUCUGCUGGCUCUGAUGAUGUUUACAAGCAUAUAAAGGAAGCAGGGAUGUUUGUUCCAACGCAGAGAACGGAAGGCAUCUCAACAUCAGACAUCAUCACCAGAAUUGUUCGUGACUAUGAUGUUUAUGCCCGACGCAACCUCCAGAGAGGGUACACAGCCAAGGAACUGAAUGUCAGCUUUAUAAAUGAGAAGAAGUACCGCUUCCAAAACCAGGUAGACAAGAUGAAGGAAAAGGUCAAGAAUGUGGAGGAAAGAUCAAAGGAAUUUGUUAACAGAGUAGAAGAAAAGAGUCAUGAUCUCAUUCAAAAGUGGGAAGAGAAGUCAAGGGAAUUCAUUGGCAACUUCCUAGAACUAUUUGGGCCUGAUGGAGCAUGGAAGCAGAUGUUCCAGGAGAGGAGUAGCCGGAUGCUGCAGGCCUUGUCCCCGAAGCAGAGCCCCGUGAGCAGCCCUACCAGGAGCCGGUCCCCUUCCCGUUCCCCGUCGCCCACCUUCUCAUGGCUCCCGAUCAAAACCUCACCCCCCUCCUCGCCCAAAGCAGCCUCAGCCUCCAUCAGCAGCAUGAGUGAGGGGGAUGAGGAUGAGAAGUAAAGGCUGCUGGCAGACAACAAGAGCUACACCACAUAGGCUGGGGAGGAGGGCGGGGACACCGGGGAUGCCUGGGUGGUGUUCGAAGGGUAAAAGUCACAGGAGCUAUAGCUCAUCAGGGAGACCUUGAGCUCUGCUAACGGAAGGCCUUGGGACCAGCUCUCCCUCAGUCUCCACUCAGCCCAAGACUUGGGCUCUGCAUGGAGGUUUCCAGCCAGACAACCUGUACAAACCUUAGCAUCAUCUAGAAUCACUCUGCUUUAACCUUGCUAAGGAAAGAUGCAGAGCACCCCUGGGAGACUUGCACUGAGUGGGGUGUCUUCUGUCUUGGCCCUUACACCCACCCUUACCGAGUAUACCACCUGUGGAAGCGGCUGUUCCCUCAACCUGCUACUUCUGGCUCAUAAGGGCCCUGCACGUCGCCUCCUACCACCCCAGCUCUGCCAGAAUAAAGUUGUUUCCAAUAGAGGUGGCAAAGUGCUUCUGAAAUAGUCGAGUUAAAGACAAAUUUCAACCUUCUCAGUUUCGCCACUGAGACCUGAUGUUGCAACGCAUCAAUUCUUUCCAGUUCCAGGAAUGUGGCGCAGGUGAAGCCUUGCUUUAGGCCAGAUAUAUAAAAGGUCAUCUAAUGUGAACCUUAAUUUCUUAUUCAAAGAGCAAUUUUGUCAAGGAGAACUCCACAUAAGGCCUAAUGUGCUCCUGGUUGUACUUUUUCAUCAUUGGUUUGACUUCAUUGUUUUCCAGAAAUUACCUUAAUCUGUGGGAAAUGCAACAAAGAAACACAUCCUAUGUGUAUAUAUAUAUAUAUGUGUAUAUAUAUAUAAAAGAGGAGCUGCUUUGCUUUUGCUCCAAGUUUAGCAGAUGGUAAAUGUUUCUUGAAGCUUCUCCUUAAAGGAUGCUUUUAUGGAAUGGCUUUUCCCAUUUCUGACCAGUUAACAGUUUCAUAGACCUCAAGUAACAGUUUGAUGUACCAAACCACAUAGUAUACCAAUAGGGGGUGCUACCUGCACGUAUCUGUUCUAUGUAUGCUCCAAAUAUGCCAUCCAGGGUGUAUACCAUAUGCAAUAUGAAUAUAUAUGGUGAUGGCAUUUUACAAUAUCCUCCUCUCUCCUGCACUCACCCUAAUACCCUGCUGAAAUCCUUGGUCUACAGAACUACCUGGUUCCCUUGUGACUUGGGCACUUUGUCAAAUGCUCAUCCUGGAUUCUUAUAGAAGUGUCUUGUCCCAACCAAGAAAUUAGUAUGUUGUUCUCAUGGCCUCCCGUAAUAUUUUGGGGUGGAGGGAAGCUCUGAAGAGUUUCACAGAGCACUGUGGGAACCUCAGUCUGAGCUCAGCAUCUGAAUGCUCUAGGUAGUAUUGUAGUUAUCCCCGGCCUUGGGUUUGAUAAAUGGGAUGAAAACUCUAAGCAUUCCUGCUGAGUUGUUUGAAGUUACUUCCCCUAAUCACAGUAGGAAAUGAGCAGGUCAUCAAGGUGUACAACCACACUCUUGAAUAGGAGGCAUUGCCUGGCUGUCGCAGCAAAGCUAGAGACAGAGCUGGGGCCUGACUGAGCAGAGGCCCAAACCAGCAACUUAUGGGCAGAGCUCAGCAUCUUUUGUGACAGAAACACCCCUUUUCAGAGGCCUUGGGAACCAGACUUCUGGGUGACAAGUGGGGCAACCAAUAAAGGAAGGUGGCAUGUCUUUCCCCCUUGUGUUGGGGUUGAACUACCUCCCUGCCCACCUGGAGAUGAGUGGUGUUUGUUGGAAAGCAAAACCAUGAGGCUAAGCUGGCUUGGAACCCCCUUGUUGCUGGCACCUUCUCCAGACUCUGUCAAGCAUUCACGAGGGACAGAGAGCUGGUGGGAACAUGGCUUAUGAGAAGAAAACUUCUUUUUGUAGUCAAGGCCCAGAGCAUUGCUCUGCAGAGAAAGGCAAAGGCCCCAUUCUUCUGUGGUGUCCAUUUGGUCUCUCUCUGCCAUCAUGCACCCAGGGCAAACUGAGCACAUAUAUCUACCAUUUCAGUUGGUGACACUUGCAGCCGUGAAAGGAGGAGGAGACCAGUGGGCAAGGCAAGGUGGUGAGAACAAGAGAAGAGAAAAGGAAAAGAGAGGUGCCUGGAGAGAGGAAAGGAGGUUAACGAAAACUUGCACUCUCAACCAUUUCAAGACUCACUUUGUUAGGGGAAACUCUCUCUUGGGAAGGCCUUUUAUGCACUUAUGCCACGGCCCAGGGCAGAUAGAUCCACUUUUACCUGAAUCCUGCUCUGAGGCAAACACUGUGGGGUUGAUGCAUCAGGCUGAAUAUAAGUUUGUAGGCCUUACACACCAUACUGACAGGUGCCACUUAUGUGACUCAUCAGAUUCAGAGCCAUCAUAGCUGCCAAUUAUGGGAAGUGACCAAUGCCUGGGAUAUUCUAGGGAUGGGCCAAAAUAAGCCACAAGUGGGUUCUAAAUCUCACCCUAUGUCCCCCUCCUGACCUCUAGCAAUACCCUCCCCCCACCCUCCUGAGGCUACAAAACUACUGAGAGGAAUGGGGGGCAUUCUGCCACCCAACUUUUGAUGCUUCCUGGCCAUCAGUUUCUCCCAGCCCCUCCCCGCUCCUAGGAGGAGAUGGUGGCUCUUUGUUUGGGCCAGCCAGUCAACAGUAAUGGCCAAGAGUGAGUUAAGGCUGGAGUGAGAAAUGUAGAAAGUAUGAUACAAGCUUGGAGAGGAAAGUAGAAAUGACAAAAAGCAAGGAAAGAUUCUUUUUGCCCUAGA